CUCAGCUAUAGUAAAUUGCAAAUCUGCCCAAAUGUGCCAACGUGUUCAAUGACGCGAAAUUUGAUCUAACUUGCUGACAUUUCUGUUAUUUGUUGAUUAUAUAUCUACAAGUUGUUGUUUAAUGGCAUUUGUUAUCAUUUCUUUAGAUUUCACUAGUGAAUGAAGUAAAUAUUAAGUUAUGAGUAGAAUAAUGAUAUAUAACCUUCAAAGUUGAUUGAAUCAUAAUAGUAACAUAGUGAUUAAUAAUUGAAUUUAUAUAAAUGCAGUUUUCUUACAUUGAUGUUGCAUCCGAUAUCAACAAUAUUUGUGUUAUAAAUCUAUAAAAUAAUUAAAUAAUUCCACAAUUAAAUACAUUAUUCUUAAAGCUUCAAAAUAGCGAAUAAAAUGCGAAGAUCCCAUUCGGGAGGUUAUAAUUAUGAGCCUUUGCCAACAACAUCUAGUCACAAUGCUUUCGAAGAUGAAAAUGAAAAGAUGACAGAAGAAUUAAGUACUAAAAUUAAUGCUCUUAAAUCAUUAUCAAUUGAUAUAGGAACCGAAGUGAAAUAUCAAGAAAAAGUCUUACGUGGAAUGGAUGAUGAUUUUGAAAGAACUAGUGGAUCAUUAGGUGCAUCUGUUGGACGUGUCUUACGAUUAGCUAAAGCUGGUCAUAAUUAUUAUAUUCUAUAUUUAUUUCUUUUCUCCAUAGCAGUAUUUUUUGUAUUAUGGAUAGUCUUAAAAUUUAAAUGAUUAAACUUCAAACUGCACUUAUAUUAUUGGAAAUGAAAUAUAUCUACCGACAAUGAUAACUUUUUCAAACCAACUGUUAGUUAUUUUUAAUGAUAUAUAUU